AUGAGUUGUAUAAACGGUGAGGAUGAGAGUCUACAACUAGGGUGUAUGAGUGAUGAUGAUGUCUACAACAGGUCGGACAGGCCCAGGCAGAGGCCCCGCCCCUCCGGACCCCACGGGGAUGAGGAAGCGGGACUACUCUCCCCCGACUCCCACAAGACGGGGGAGGAGACCAGACUGGACGGGGAGAUCACCGGCCUAGUAAGGGGCGUAUCCCAGGAUGACUCCCAGAUGCCCAGCCAAUCGGACAGCGGACGCUGCGAAGGGGAGGAGCAAGGGAUGGCGGAGGAGGGGGGUGUGGGGAAGGAGUCCCUGGAUGGAGGGAGUCACCAUGGUGAUGGGGUGGAGGUGAAGAUAACUGAGGAAGAGGAGGAGGAGGAGGAAGUACGGGAGCAACAGGGACAGGUGGUGGUCAAGUGUGAGCCUCUGAGCUCCCCAGAGCCAGCUGAUGACAUCACCAUCCAGGGUAGCGACCAGCUGGGACCUGGAGGAGGUAGAGGAAGAGGAGGAGGAGAGGAGGAGAAGGUAGAACUGAGCCCACAGAGCAGCGACCAACAGCCUCUCCGGCCCAGCUCCCAGCUCCUGCUGAAAGGAGGUCUUGGUGGGGGGAGUGGAGGUGGUUUUGGCUCUAGUAGCCAUCUCGAUGGGAAGUCUGGUUUUAGGAUUUCUAGCUUCCUCGGCGCCAAGGUCUUUGGAAGCGGAGGGGCGGGGGUCGAUGCCGGGGACGACGACCUCAACACGACAACCGGCGAGGCGAUGGCAGCGGCACAUCGRUUCCUGCUGAGCCCGGAACACUCUGGGACCAAUAACUCCGCCUCGAUGCUCCGUCCCGGGUCGGCCAACCACCUGCACCUGCUGGGUGGCGACGGUCUCGGGGGAUUCUCUACAGACGCCGAUUCGCUCUUCCUGCGUCCCCUGCAUGACGGGCUGGGAAACCCCAGGGGAGGAGGGGGGUUUCCAGACCCGUUUUCUCUGGACUUCCAGCGCUCCAGCCUGGGCCUGCACUCCCUGGCCCGUGCCUCUAGAGGGGGCUCCCUGGGCUUUCCUGGAUACCGCCGCAUCGCACCUAAAAACGACCACACGGGAGGAG